AGUGGGUUGCUCUCUCACCAACUUACUCGAGUGCCUGCCGUAAAAAUACCGCCAGCCAAGGCUUGCAUAUCCUUGGGGCGCAAUGGCCCAAAAACCAGUCCUUGUGAGUUUCCUCCUGCUAGUCUUUGUCGUGACAUUGGGCUCCUCCUGGCGAGACGCGAUGACCAUGUGCCAAGAGGUACACGUCGAGCCACGCAACGAAAUGCACCUCGUGUACGCAAUCGAGGCGUCUAGCGCGAACGAGCAGCAGCAGCAACUUGACCUGCUCACGCAGUCCGCAUGGUCAGCAUUUUCCGUUGGCUGCGAUGCCCUCAGGUGCCGGCGGCGCCUGCACGCGCACGUGUUCUACUGGCGCAUCCCCAAGCAUGCGCUCGAGGACUCGCUUGCACCACUGAUUUUCCGUGGCUUCCGUAUUUCCACGCACGAGACGGAUUUUGACUCUGCGGUUACGCGACAACGAAAAGUUUGGGGCUACCGGGGCCAUGAGAAAAGUUUGCAGCAGAAGCUGAUGCACGCAGCCAACUACUACCGAUUUUACGCCCCCUCAUUACUUAGGGAGCGCUACAGUGCCGAACUAUUCCUGUACCUUGACACUGACGUUCUUUUUAUGCGACCUGGCCUCGAUGGCCUGUUUUCGUCGACAACGCCAAUCCCAAUCGUGUCUGCUGGAGUUCAGCGGCUCCAAACGUGCCGCAUGGACCGCAUGCUACUCUUGAACGAUCCACGGCUCGCUGGACUGGGCCUGAGGCCUGAUGACCCGUGCCUGACCGACUCAGUGAUGUUGGUCAACAUAUCAGCGUGGAUAGCAGCAAAUACAACGCAGCGCGUCGAGAUGUAUCUCGCUCAGAAUGCCGUGAAAAAGUUGUGGCACUUGGGCUCGAUGCCUCCCCUGAUGAUUGUGCUUGCUGGGAAGUGGGCACAACUUCCCGGCAUCGCGGAUGGAAAGGGAUCAAACUGCGGGUCGGUAGGGCGCUACCGGGGUUCACUACUGGUUCACCCGUUCAGGGAGCGGUGCCUUUCCCUGCCAGUGCCGCCGCGCCCGCGUCUCUGCGCUGCCUUCAGGCCCGGCAGCUCGUUGACCGGCUCAAUGCGCAUCGCACACAUGCACUCUACGGCCCUAGCGAGGCUCCUGGGCGUCGAACUUCUGCAUGGUCACGAUAUGUGCGAUGUUGUUCUCGCUCUCGGACACGUGCCUCGCACAACCAAUCCAAAGUCGGUGCGCAUCGUCUUCAAGCCGUCGAACACUGAGGCCACUACCUUGAAUGAGGCCGAUAGAUCCGCGAUCAUGGUGUCAGAUAACGGAUUCAUUGAUGCAAUGUGGCGUGCCAAGGGCCAGGCGUCCAUUCGCCUCCAGCUCGUCGAAGACGUGCGCCCAGUUGGCGUGAUGCACAAAGUGAGGCCCAUCGCGUUUGGCCCUGGUGAGGCCCGCGUUCCAUUGCUCUGCUACCAUGGGAACCACAUGCAUAUUCAAUCCCUGCUCCCGGUCCUUGGCGAUAUCCGUAAUCCGUUCAAACUGCGGGUCCUCGUAGAGCCCCGUGCGACCAAAGCCCUGGCCAAGCAAGUCGACGCACUAGAGUGGCGGGCUGGAAUGGUAGACUUCGUUGCAUACGACCCGCGCAAGAUCUAUCAGCACCUCGCUGAGUGCGACUUGGGCCUGGCGCCGUCGGAGGUGGCACCAGCAGGUGACGUCGGACAGGUGGCGCGCCAGACCGCGCCAUCUUUUGUGCAGGUCGACGAACAACCUGAAGAUAUGGUCAAACGCUGUAAGCGCACGUCGAAUGCGGGUCGCGCGUUCGUCUUCAUGCAGCUUGGCGUUCCAGCCAUUGUGGAUGCAUGCCCCGAGAGUGUCCUAUUUUCGAGCUUUAACGAGAAACCCACGGUUCUUGUCUCGUACCGCCACGCCGCGUGGAGCCAACUCAUAGCUGACGUACUCGCCGAUCCGUGGCUACGCCGUGAACUUUCAAGCAACAGCCACGCCUUCGCCGUGCGACAUCUCACCACACGAGCCCAGGCUACGAAACUCCUCCACCGAGUUGGCUGUACUUCGCUGAUUGCGAAUCAUAGUGACGAUGUAAUAUAAAUUACAACGAGUCGCCCGGCUGGGUGGAAGUCUGGGUGGGCUGAGUGUGUCUGCCAGUGUGUCGAGCCUGCCCGAGGUGAGGCGGGUCUACUAGUAUAGAGUUCGCCAUCAUUACCAACUUAGAACCCUCGGACACACUGGCAAACUAUGCCCAGCACUGUGAACAGUACGGCCCGGGGGCGCACUGGCAGAUCGUCUGCCCCGAUGAAGUGAGGCUAACCCCAUAAGUCUUAGAAUUGACUCCCAA